CCCCUGCCCGGCCCGGGGCAUCGCGGGCAGAGAGGCGGCGGCUGCCGGAGCGGAGACGCCGCGUGCGCGGAGCGAGUGUGCGGGGCGCGGGGCGCGGGGCUGCGGGGCCGGGGCCGGGCUGCCAGGGCGAGGGCGAGGGCGGCUGCGCUGCGCUGUGUCCUUGCCCGCAGGCCGGGCAGCGCCGUGCGCGAGCGCAGGGAGAGUCGAGCCCGGCGGGACGGGACGGGACGGGACGGGCCGGGCCGGGCCGGGACGCGGCGGGUCCCGGGGACGCGGGAGCCCGGGGCAGCCUGCGCCUUCCCCGCCAGCCCCGGGCAGCCGAGGGGACGCCGGAGGAGCGGGAGCCGGGGGCUCCGGCCAGGACACGGGGCUCGUGCCGGCCCGGCGGGGACCAGGUGCGCGUGGCCGAGGCGGGCGGCAUUACAGGCAGAAGAGCAGCAGCUGCGGGAGGAGCCGGUCCGAGGCGGGGAGAUGCGGGGGCAGGAGCGGAGCCAGGCCAUGCCGCCCCCGCCUCAGCCCCAGGACCCCUCGGAGACCCCCCCGCCGGCACCGGGGCACGACCUCCCCGCCCCGCACGCCUGGCGCCAGCGCUUCCGGGGCCUCCGCUACCGGGAAGGCGCGGGGCCGCGGGAGGUGUGCGGCCGGCUGCGGGAGCUGGCCCGGCGCUGGCUGGAGCCCCAGCGCCGCAGCAAGGAGCAGAUGCUGGAGCUGGUGGUGCUGGAGCAGUUCCUGGCCAUCCUGCCCCGGGAGACGCGGAGCUGGGAGUGGGGGCGCGGCGUGGAGACCUGCGCCCAGGCCGUGGCCCUGGCCGAGGGGGUUCAGCUGGGGCAGGAGGAGGACGAGACGCUCCAGGUCACAGUGAGUGUGAAGGCCGAGGAGGUGUCCUCAGACAAGAUGCAGCUCGUGGGGACAUUGCAGGAGCCUGGUGCUUCCUGGCCGGCGCAACCGAGGACCCGUGGUGUGGACGGCCCUGUGGAGGAGUGGGGAGAGAGGGAAACCCUGGGGCCUGGGGACAAGCUACCUCGUGUCCCCAAAGAGGAGCCCUUGCCCCACCAGGAGUUAGAUGUGCCCAACCCCGAGGAGUCCCAGGAGUUGUCAGCAGACAACAGCUGCUCAGACUGGUGCCCCGGACGAGGCCCUUCCCCAGGAGCAGGUGCUGGGACCCUGAGCAGAGCAGAGCAGCAGCCUCCUGAGGAGGGGCCUGGGAACCUGGAGCUGCAGAGGACUUCCCCAGGGAGACCGGAGGAGAGGAGCUCCCUGACACCUGAGCCAGGCCAAGUGCAGAGGGGGCAGGGCAGGCCUCCAAAGCAGGAGGAGAGCUGGGAGCUCCCGGAGGUGUUUGAGGACGUGGCCAUGUAUUUCUCAUGGAAGGAGUGGGAGCUGCUGGAAGAUGAAGACAAGGUGCUUUACCGGGACCAGAUGCUGAAGAAUUACCAAGCCCUCGUUUCCCAGGGCUAUGGAGGUCUCACACCUGACUUAAUCUGCCGCAUACAGCGAGGCGAGGUGGAGCUGUGGGUCUGUGAUGAUGAGGAUGGUGGGGAAACCUCAAGGUUGGAGGACCUGCUGCCAGGAGGUGCCUGGCUGCUGCACAGAACUGAGAAGCAGCCUCCUGCGGAAGGACCUGCAGACCUGGAGCCAGCAUGGACUUCCCCAGGGAGUUUGGGCGAGAUGGACACCCCGAGACCAGAUAAAGACCAAUGGCACAAGAGUCAGGGGAGGCCCCAAAAGGAAAGGGAGAAUGGAGCAGUGAACCAGGUACCAUCUGCAGUUGGGUGUGAGAGUGGAGAAGGGGCAGAGCCCGGACAGAGCCCUGGGUGCAGAGAAGUGGAGCUGGGAGAGCUGAAGAGCCCCUGGAAAAAGGCACUGCAUCCGGAUGAAAGCCGUGGGGAGGGUGUCGGGGGGAAUCAGGAGCUCACGGCCAGGCACAGGGGCAGAGCCCACCCCUGCCCUGAGGUCAGAAAAACCUUUAAUUGCCCCUCACCCCUGGGUCUACACAAGAUGAGGCAUACUGGCAAGAAGCCCCUUGUGUGUGCCAAGUGUGGGAAGAGCUUCACCUGGUCCUCCCACCUGAUCCGGCACCAGUUCAUGCACACAAGGGAGAAGCCACAUAGGCGCUCAGAGUGUGGGAAGAGAUUCACCCGCUCCUCUGACCUGGCUCGGCACCAGCGCAUGCAUGUGGAAGAGAAGCCAUCUCAGUGCUUGGAAUGUGGGAAGAGAUUCCCUCAAUCCUCCCAUCUGGCCAAACACCAGCUUUUCCACACAGGGGAGAAGCCGUAUCGGUACUCAGAAUGUGGGAAGAGCUUCAUCUCCUCCUCCAAACUGGCCCAUCAGCAGCACAUCCACACAGGAGUGAGGUCACAUCGGUGCUCAGAGUGUGGGAAGAGCUUCACCCGCUCCUCCAACCUGAUCCGGCACCAGGUCAUCCACACAGGGGAGAAGCCACAUCGGUGCUCAGAGUGUGGGAAGAGCUUCACCUGCUUCUCCACACUGAUCCGGCACCAGAUGAUCCACACAGGGGAGAAGCCACAUCGGUGUUCAGAGUGUGGGAAGGGCUUUCUUUCCUCCUCUGACCUGGCCCGACACCAACGCAUCCACACAGGGGAGAAGCCACAUCGGUGCUCUGAGUGUGGGAAGAGCUUCGCUCAGUCCUCCACCCUGAUCCAGCACCAGAUGAUCCACACAGGGGAGAAGCCAUAUCCAUGUUCAGUGUGUAGGAAGAGCUUCACCCGCUCCUCCCACCUGGUCCAGCACCAGAUGCUCCACACAGGGGAGAAGCCACAUCGGUGCUCAGAGUGUGGGAAGAGCUUCACCCGCUCGUCCCACCUGGUCCAGCACCAGAUGAUCCACACAGGGGAGAAGCCACAUCAGUGCUCAGAGUGUGGAAAGAGCUUCACCCGCUCCUCCAACCUGGUCCAGCACCAGAUGAUCCACACCGGGGAGAAGCCACAUCGGUGCUUAGAGUGCGGAAAGAGCUUCACCCGCUCCUCCCACCUGACCCAGCAUUGGUUCAUCCACACCCGGAAGCAUCCAUAGUUUUGGAGGCAAUACAGGAAAGUGUUUGGGUACGCCCACCUGCUCAGUGUCACCAGUGGCUGCCUUGAGGCAAGCAGCCUCGUGCUGGUGGACUGCAGCAAGAGUUCACCCAGCCUUUGGCCCUUCUAUGGACCUGCAGACCCCACAGGAGCCAGAGGCUGGCCCCAAGAUUUGAUGUGGGGAGGGGCUAAGAGGAAAUACCCGAGGCAGAGGCCAGUCUAGAUGCUGGAAGAACUGGUGGCCGACCUCUGCAUCAGCCUUGGAGCCUGUGUCUGUGCCAUCAUUCUCUAAAAGUGAUCUAUGCUUCAAGGGGGAAAGAAAUGGCUCCAAAAUAGGGUGCCUGUCCAAGACAACUGGCUCCAAAAGACACCCAGGGACUGUCCUUGGCCAGCUCCCACCUCUCUCCUCCAUCCUGGCCCCCUGGAUUCUGGUAUGUCAGGCACCAGAGUUGCAGGAAGGAGGACAUUUAGGGCUGGGGAAGCAUUUCCUGUCCUCCGCCCUGACCUCACCUCUCUUCCCCACUAUAUCACCCCUCCCUAGACCUGCACAUGCCCAUUGUGGUCUGCAAGGAGCUCAGCUGCCACCCCUGAGUCCAGCAUGGCAGGUUUUGAUUCUCAGCCCCUCUUCCGUGGGUUUUUUUAGCACUCGGGUACUGGAGGUGCCAUGUCCUGCUGUCAACUCUGCAGGAUCACACUUUGCUGACAAAUCUGCUUAGUUUUUAUACUGUUUCUUUAAGGCAUUUUGCUUGAUGGUUGGCCUAUUUCAGUCUGAACAAAACAGGGAGGAAAAGGUUGAUUAUCAUAUCACAACUCUUAAUUGCCGGGCUCCUGUUCUUGAUUGUCUAGGUGUAAAGACUGUGUAUCUGUAGCCCCUGUAAUAAUGGGUCAAUCACAGAUGAUGGGCUUUGAGCAUCCGACAGGAUACUUUUGGGGUGCUUGUAUAUCAAUGGGGAGCUUGUACUGGUGGUGGUCUAUUUACCAAACUGCAGACAUGCAGUGAAUGGCUUGGACAUUUCUAACACCUUAGAGUGACAUUGGAUUCCUGGUUUGAGUAAUGUGAGACUGUCGGGGACAGAACAUCCUCCCUGUAUUCAGUGUACCUUUUACAGGUUUCUUUUGAGAUGCAUAUAUAGCCUCUUGUUUUUUUUAUCUGCUAGGUCAAUUGAAAUGCAUAUGUGGUUUCCUUGCCUUCACUGGCUCACCUUUCUUUAAAGGGCUUUCUGAGGUACACACACGUGAUGAGCACAUCGGGUCUCUGCCAACAGUUUUAACCACUUUCAUUACUGUAUGGCUUGGGUCUGGUCUUGGGUACCGCAAGCACUCCACUGUCUUAAUGCCUAAUGGAUUACAAGCCAUUAGUGGAGUUUGAUUUUCUUGUGGCAGUCUUGUUACCACAAUCCAAUCUUGCCCCAGCCACUGUCCUGCACUGUCCUGCAUUUUUAUUUUAUGUGCAAGCUUUCAUACUUUUCAUAUUUCAUUGUUGUUGAAUGCGUAAGUGGCUGUGCAGGUUGGGGGCAACACAUAUAGGCGAGGGAGUGUCAAAGGAAGUGAAAUCCUCACCACCCCUUUCCAAGAGGGGAGCAUGGGUGCACAUCAGUUAAGGUCUCGUGAUAUGUCUUCAUAAGGCCUGACUUCAGGCCGGCUUCCCAAAUGCAUUUCUCACUGUUUUUGUGAUGGAGUCUUAUGGAGAAGAGGAUGGUGUGUUACAGAAGUAGGUGCGUAAGCAUUUUGGUCAGUGCCUCGACCAGGGUGGAAUAGGAGCAGAAGGAGGCACCUCAGUUUACUAGGGUCCCUACUAGCCAAAAUGUGUCUGGCCCCGUGUGGGGAUGCAGGCAGCCUCACUUGCUGCGAAGAGAAAGGCCAAAUGGCGGCUUUUGUCCCAUGGCAGCUCCAGCAAGUGCCUAAUGACAUGGGAAAGUGCAGGUGGGACCCUGCUGAUGAGGUCAGACCUCCACUUACACCCAUGGCCACAGCCAUCCUAGGCUCCACGUCGUAUUGGAUCAUGGCAUUCCCCUGGGAGGAAUUAAGCCAGGAGAUCUUCUCUUUUCAUAGUUUCAUCGUAGCUAGGGUCAGGAGGGACCUGGACAGAUCAUCUAGCCUGACCCCCUGCCACAGGCAAGAAUGAAUGCUGGGUUCACAAGACCCCAGACAGGUGAUUGUCCAACCUCCUCUUGAAUUUGCCCAAGGUAGGGGCAAGGACCACUUCCCUGGGAAGUUGGUUCCAGAUUUUGGCCACCCUAACUGUAACAUCUUGCCUUCUGAUCUCCAACCCAAACCUAUUCUCCAUCAGCUUAUGACCAUUGUUCCUCGUCACCCCAGGUGGUGCUGGGGAGAAAAAGGCUCUGCCUAUUUGCUGUUGAUCUCCCCUGAUGAGCUUGUAGGCAGCCACCAGGUCCCCCCAGCUCCCCCCGCCUCCUCUUGCUGAGGCUGAACAGGUUCAGGUCCUUCAGUUUCUCCUCAUAGGGCCUAUCCUGCUGCCCUCUCACUAAGCGGGCAGCCCUCCUCUGAACCCUCUCCAGGCUGCCACAUCCCUUUUGAAGUGCGGCGCCCAGUACUGGACGCAGUACUCCAACUGUGGCCUGACCAAAGUCACAUAGAGGGGGAGGAUCACCUCUCUGGACCGGCUUGAGAUGCACCUUUGGAUGCAUGACAAUGUAUGGCUGGCCUUGCUGGUUGCGGUCUGGCAUUGGCGGCUUAUGUUCAUCUUGGAGUCAAUAAUGACUCCGAGAUCCCUUUCCACCUCUGUGCUUUCAAAAGGGGAACUCCCCAGCCUGUAUGUGUGCUGUGGAUUCCUUCUGCCAACUGCAGCACCCUGCAUUUGACUACAUUGAACCUCAUCCUAUUCUCAUCUGCCCACUUUUGUACUUUAGCACUUCCAGAAGAUCCCUAACUACAUCUGUGCUGACUGAAGGCCUGACAGAGCAAUGUCCAAGACUGCCCCUACCUCUGGUAGGUGGGAUGUCCCGGUCCCUGUUCAAGAAAACAGGCAAAGGAACUCUUAAAAAUAUCAGCUUUCUUGUCUGGUGUAGCUACAAGAUUACCGUUUACGUCUUGCAGGGGCCCUACAUUGCCUGGUGUCCUCUUCUUGCUCCCAAUAUACUUGAAAAAGGACUUUUUGUUGUCCUUAAUCCUGGACACCAGCCUGAGCUCCAUCUCUGCCUUGGCCUUCCUAAUAGCUCUCCUACACUCCCGGGCCAAGGAGGAGUACUCCUCCUUGGUGAUAGUUCCUCCCUUCCGCUGGUUGUACGCCCCCCUUUUAGUCCUCAGCCAUUGCUGAAUGCCCUUGCUGAGCCAAGGGGGUUUCUGAGCACUUGUACCCCGCUUUCUUCUCUCAGGGACUCUUAUCCUGGGCUUGGAGGAUCGCCCGCUUAAAGUACAACCAUCCCUCGUGGACGCCCAUCUCCUGAACCUUCUGGGCACUCAGUGCCUCCCGCACUAGUCUCCUGAGCUCAUUGAAGUUGGCCCUUCUGAAGUCAAGGGCUUUAGCCUUGGUGUGAGCCCUUGAGGCCCUGCAAUUGCAUAAUGAAAUCCAGCAGGCGAUGAUCGCUAUUGCCCAGGUGGUCAGGGACCUGCAGUCCCCUCACCAGGCCAUCCCCCCUGGUCAGGAGCAGGUCCAGCAAGGCAUUACCCCUAGUGGGGCUGUGCACUUCCUGGAUAAGGUGAAGGUCCUGUAAUACAGCCAGGAACCUACGCGAGCAGUCAGACCUGGCUGUCUGCUCCCAGCAAAUGUUGAUUUCAGAUCCCUUGGUUCAGAUUCCAGAAACACAAAAUGCCGCUGAGCAAGGUGAUUUUGGAGGUGGGGAUUUAGAGCCGAGCUGCAGGUACCACCUCUGGCAGCCUGUGUCAGGUUUGUUGCUAACUCUUGCUGGCACUCUCCCCAUCUUCCUAAGUAAAAAACGGUGGUUUUACUGGCCUGUAAGAGCCCAGGGAGCCUCUGAAUAUUUGAAAUGGGCCUUUGUGGUGGGCCAGUUGGGGGCACUCCUGGGCUGAGCCACUCGCCUCACUGUGCCCCACUGAAAACCAAGCUUUGGCUGCCUUCCCAGGGGCACAAACCUCUGGCCGACCCUCUCCCUGGAGCACCCAGAAGCCUGGGGUAAGUGCUGCUACCACCCGGGGUCUGGUCUUUGUCCAGGCUCUGUGGCCCCCAUGGUACACAGGCCUUGUAGAGCUUGCGGGUUCUUCAGCCACUGUGAAAUCUUGGGGUGCUUCCUUUAACCUGAAAUACUCAUAGUAGUCUCCCUUAGUUAGCUGAGGGAAGGGGGCUAAAGGGCAUACCUAAUCCCUGUCAAGCAGAUCCAGCAAGGCUUGGUGUAAUGGACUGCUUUAUUCCUUGGAGAAUGCAGGCAUGGGGAGGGGGUACAAGUCAGAGAAAUAUCAAAAGAAAAUCCCAGAGCAAACAGAAAUGCUUGGUAGCCUUUUGACAAGCAACGAAAACACUGGAUUGUAAAUCCCAAGCUACAUUUCAGGUAAAUUGCUCACAGUUCGCUCCAGGAGCUGACUGACCCUGCUCUAGAGGCAGCAUAGCUUGCUGGCUGUGCCCCCAAUACGUGUCUCCUCUCCUUCCAGGAAGAAGGGACCUUAUGUAUCCAUCAUGACCUCAUCACUAAGUUCCCACCUCACACCAGUAUCCUCAGACAACGGCUGAUGCCGGUCGGUCAGUUUGAAAAACAACCUCAAGUGAGGGUUUAGGGUUACACAGGACAUGGGAAAGUGAGCUCCCCUUUUCCUCAGGAACGUCUCCAGCCCAGGUCAGCUCAGUGGUAAAGGAAGCAGAUGCGGGGAGGGGCUGCCUGCUUCCAGCAGUGGGGCAGAGUGGGGGGCGAUUUCUCCACAGCCUUCACUUCUGCCCUGUGCUAGCCCGUCCAGACCCCGUAUCACUUGUGGUAGAACUGGAUGCAUCCAGCACUGUAAUAGGUCUGGGCCUCUCCCAAAAGCAAGGCCCAGACCAAAUCCUGGAUCCCUGCAUCUUCUUUUUUCUUAAUCUCACCCCAGAACAAAAGAACUCUUGAUCUGUCCUGUGAACUCAUGGGCAUGAGAAUGGCUUUUGGGAUGUGGUGGCAAGAGCCAUGAUACAAAGUACAGGUUCUUACAGAUCACAAACACCUAGUUGCCAACCCGCAUCCCUAGAAACUGGCCCAAAAAGCAACCCCCUGACACCUCCGGAAGUGUCCCCUAACCACCCUUUGUAAAAUGAGAAAGUUUACAAUCUUUGUAUUCUCCUUUGCCAGAGGAAGAGCACGUGAGCCCAAAAGCUUGCAACUAAAGGUUUGGUUUGUUUUUUUUUGUUUUGUUUUGGGUUUUUUUUGCAACUCUCUCGUUGGUCCAGUAAAAGAUAUGCCUCUACAACAAGAUUUCUGACUGCUUGUGCCUUUAGACAAAUGCAGAGAGAACCUAUAUCCCCCAAACCACCCUUUAAUCCCUAGAGCACUCAAACAGCAGCCUGCAGCUGCCCCCACGUCUGAGCGCAGUUUCUUCAGUGCACAGUCCUGGCUGACUGAGGCAGCGAGAUCUCCAGCUCCACUCUGCGCUCCUCUGUAUAGGGCUGGGCAGCCUCCAUGUGCAUGCCACUCCCUUUCCCCCUUACUCCAGCCUCAAGCUUCCUCUUCCUUCUUACCUUGCCUCCAGGCCCGCAGGGUUUCUGGGAGUUGCAGUCCAAAUGAAGUCAGCCCAGCACUGCAGACUGCUCCUGGUUCCUCCUCCUGUUACACACACAAGAUGUUCACAUGAUGCUAGAAUAUUUGUGUGCAGCUCAGGCACUGAACCAGACGCAGCUUCACUGGGGUGGCAUUUUUCUUGUCCCACUUUGACUUUCAGAUAAGGUCGAAAUGGGAAAGCAGAUGUUCCUCCUUCUCAUGAAGUGGAAUAUGAUGCUAGCCUGGCACUGGGACCUUUGGAACCAGGCUCCAAUUUGAAGACAUAGAACAUCCUCUCUGCCACUGCCUGGGACGAAGUCCCUCUUGAAGAGCAGGCCACCUGCACAUGACCACAGCCUCAAGGCCAGGAUGGGGUUCUCUUCACGCCGGGUAAUAUUUCAUAGAUUUCAUAGCUAUUAGGGCUGGAAGGGACCUUGGAAGAUCAUCGAGUCUAGCCCGCUGCCCCCAGGGCAGGAAGUCAGCUAGGGUCAAAGGAUCCCAGCAAUAUAGCCAUCCAAAAGUUUCUUAAAAGAGUCCAGAGCAGGCACUUGCAGCACCUCUGGAGGCAGUCUAUAUCAGGCCUUCUGGGCUUGGACAGUAAAGAAGUUUUUCCCUGGGUCCAGCCUAAAACGGUCUUGGAGGAGUUUGUGACUGUUUGACUUUGUCAUCUCUUGGGGUGCUUUGAUGAACAGGUGUUCCCCCAGAUCCUGAUGCACACCUCUGAUGUACUGCUCGGCACCCACUAAGUCACCCCAAGCCUGUGCUUUUCCAAGCUGAAGAGUCCCAUGGCUCUCAACCUCUCAUCAUAAGGCCUGUUCUCUUGCCCUCUGAUCAUGCGCGUGGCUCUCCUCUGGACUCUCUCAAGCUUUUCCACAUCCUUCUUCAACUGAGGAGCCUAGCAUUGGAUGCAGUACUCCAGCUGUAGCUUCACCAAGGCCGAGUAUAGCGGGAAGAUGACAUCCUGAGAUUUGCUUGAGAAGCAUCUAUGGAUGCAAGCCAGAGUUUGGUUUGCUUUACCAGCUGCAACAUCACAUUGGUGGCUCAUGAUCAUCUUGUGGUCAAUCAUGACCCCCAAGUCCCUUUUGGUCAUGGUGCUAGCAAGCAUAGCACUACCGAGCCUACAAGCAUGAUGCGGGUUUCUUUCCCAAGGUGGAGUACUUUGCAUUGGUACCUUGCAUUUUUCCGUAUUGAAUGUCAUCAGGUUUUUGUCCGCCCAUUUCCUAAGCCUGUCAAGGUUGGCCUGGAUCAGCAGCUUGUCCUCAGGUGUAGACACUUUACCCCAAAGUUUGGUGUCACCAGCAAACUUGGCCAGUCCGCAUCUGACACCAAUGUCCACAUCUUUAAUAAAGAUGUUGAAGACUGUAGGUGCAAGGAGAGAGCCUUGGGGGACAAUACUGGUGCAAGCACCAUGAUUCAUAGAUUCAUAGAUUAUAGAGUUGGAAGGGACCCAAUGGAUCAUUGUGUCUGAUCCCCUGCCCCUGCCCAAGGUCAGACGAUCCCAGCCAGGUGACUGUGAAGCCUCCUCUUGAAGACCUCCAAGUUAGGUGAUAGUACCGCCUCUCUUGGAUGCCCAUUCCAGACUCUGGCCACCCUUACUGUAAAAAAAAUUCUUCCUAAUGUUUAGCCUAUAUCUACUUUCCACUAGUUUGCACCCAUGAUUCCUAGUUAGUCCCUGGGGCGCUCUGGUAAAAAGUGCAUCCCCAAUUCCCUGCUCUCCCUCCUCUGAUAAACUUACAGGCAGCUACAAGUUUACUCCUCAGCUGUCUUUUGUAAAGGCUGAAGAGAUCCAGAUCUCUCAACUUCUCCUCGUAGGAUCUUUUGCCGAGACCACUAAUCAUGUGAGUGGCCUCCUCUGAACCCUCUCCAGAUUCUCCAUGUCCCUCUUGAAGUGCGGUGCCCAAAACUGGACACAGUGCUCCAACUGCGGCCUCACUAAUGCCGCAUAAAGGGGGAGCAGCAUCUCUCUCGAUCUGUUGGUCAUGCACCUGCUAAUACACGACAAGGUGCGAUUGGAUUUGUCGAUGGCCUCGUUACACUGCCGGCUCAUGUUCAUCUUGGAGUCAAGUAUGACUCCAAGAUCUCUCUCAGACUCUGAGCUGCUGAGGAGGUCAUCCCCCAACCUGUAGGUGUGGUGGGGAUUCCUCCUUCCUAGGUGGAGUACCUUACAUUUAUCUUUUUGAAUUUCAUCCUAUUUCAUUCCGCCAAUUGAUCUAACCUGUCCAGGUCGGCCUGUAUCUGCUCCCUGCCCUGAUGAUGAUUCACUCCCAUUGACCACCACCCGCUAGGUCCAAACUCAGAGCCAAUUCCCCAGCCAUUGGACUAGGAUGUAACUGAGACCACAGUUGGCCAAUUUUUUCAUGAGGAGAUCAUGGGACACCAGAUCAAAAGCCAUUUUUAAAGUCUAGAUUUAUGACGUCAAUCUCUUCUCCCUUGUCCAGAUGAUAUGUUAUCUGGUCAUCGUUUCAUAGUUGGUAGGAUCAGAAGGGACCUGAGCAGAUCAUCAAGUCCGACCCCCUGCCAUGGGCAGGAAAGAGUACUGGGGUCAAACAACCCCGGCAAGGUGAUUAUCAAGCCUCCUUUUGAAGACCUCCAGGGUAGGAACAAGCACCAUUUCCCUUGGGAUUUGGUUCCAGAUCCUAGCCGCACUGACUGUGAAGUAGUGCCUCCCAAUGUCCAGCCUGAACCUACUCUCACUCAGUUUAUGGCUUUUAUACUAGUUACUCCUGGCAGUGCUUGGGGGAAGUGGGACUCUCCCGUUCCCUGCUAGUCCCCGUUGGUAAGUUUAUAGAUGGCCACCAGAUCCCCUCUCAGCCUUCUCUUGUGGAGGCUGAACAGGCUCAGGUCCCGUAGCCUCCCCUCAUAGCGCCUGCCCUGCUGUCCCCGGAUCAUGCGGGUGGCCCUCCUUUGGACCCUCUCAAUGCUGUCCACAUCCCUCCUGAAGUGCAGCGCCCAGAACUGGACACAGUACUCCAACUGCGGCCUGACCAGUGUCACAUAGGGAGGGAGGAUCACCACCUUGGACCUGCUUGUGAUACAUCUGUGGAUACGUGACAAGGUGCAGUUAGCCUUACUGACUGCGUCCUCACAUUGGCGGCCCAUGUUCAUCUUGGGAUCAGUAAUGACUCCAAGAUCCGUUUCUGCCUCUGCGCUGAUGAGAAGGGAGUUCCCCAACCUGUAGGUCUGCUGCUGGUUCUUCCUCGCCAGGUGCAGCACCUCGCACUUGUCAGUGUUUAAACCCAUCCUAUAGAAGGAGGUGAGAUUGGGAAGGCAAGAACGACCCGCAACACACCUGUGCCGGCUAUCCCUUAGGAUGUUGCCAUCAGCCAGCUUGUCAAGAAUGGUCUCUGAUAAUUUUUUCCAAAAUCUUCCCAGGGAUUGAGGUCAGGCUGAUUGGCCUGUAGUUCCUCAGAUCUACUUUCCGCCCUUUCUUGAAGAUGGGCAUCACAUUGGCUUUCUUUCAGUCUUCAGGCACUUCACCUGAGCACCAUGAGUUCACGAAGAUACUUGCCAGUGGCUGGGUUAUGAUGCCUGCUAGCUCCUUAAUUACCUUGGGGUGCAAACUCAGGAGCAGCUGACUUGAAGACAUCCAGCCUCUCAAUGUGUUCCUUUACAAGGUCAACAUUGAUGGAUGGUAUAAAUUCACCCUCACCCUGGCCGUCCCGCAUUGUGUUAUGCAGGGCUGGUGAAAAACUGAAGCAAAAUACCCAUUAAGCAGGUUGGCUUUUUCCUGGGUGUUGGUUGUCACUUGUCCCAUUUGGCUUAGCAGGGGUCCAAUGUUACCUUUGCUUUUCUUCUGACUCCCCACAUAUCUGAAAAAGGACUUUUUAUUGUCCUUGACACAUGUGGCCAGUUGGAGGUUUUACACGCCCUUGGGUCCAGCUGGCCCCAUGGUACCGUGUGUAACAGGGACUCAGACAGGAACCCUGUUACUUAGAAGAUCGGGUCAAACUGACCUGACGGUGAACCUGGCCAGGUGGGAGUUGCACACCUGGGAUAUGAGGAGAUUGAUUAGCAAACUGAGCGAGGCAUAAAACCAGUGGUGGGAGAUAGAUUGAUUGCCUUUGACCCCAGAAGAAGAAAUAAGGAGUGAUGGAGUUUCGGGGAGAAAGAAGACGACAUACCGGCGAUCCGGAUGAACUCCGGGAGACGUGAAGCCCUGAGGUGCGCGGCAAGUUAGCAGCGAAGAGGAUCACCUUGCCAAGAAUCCAGUCGGGCGUUGGAUUCCCGGGGGACGCAGAAGGGCAGCUGCAAAAGAGACUUUUUUUGCUGGUAAACCCCACUGUGCCAUCAUGGCAGGUGAGUCUAAAGGAGAGACAGGGAGAAGAGUAACUAUCCCACUCACAAAGUGGUGUGUUGGCUGGAAACGCUGUCCACUAUCCCGGGGAUAACCUUCAGCCAAUAUUGGCAGGAUGGAGUCCAUGGGUACUCAAACGCCAACUGACUGGCAGCAGGCGCAUAAUAUUACUUUGCCACUUGUACAAGGACGACAAGCUCAGCUAGAGCAGAUGGUGUGAGUAUGAACCCAAGAAGCGGAAGCACGAAUUCGACUCUUCUCCUGCCAGCAAGAUCUAUGUGAGAAAAUGGAGGCGCAACAGAUGGCGCUCGGGAGAGAAGGUGAUGGAGCUAGAUUACCUUGCAUGUCUCCAGACGAUGACACGGAAGCCUAUUUAGAGGCAUUUGAGAGAACGGCAGGAACCGCGAAAUGGGACCCAGGAAGCUGGGCAGCACAGGUAGGGCCUCUUCUUAUAGGUGCAGCACAAGCUGCUUGCAGAGCCCUUAGCAGGGUGGAAACCAGAGAUUACUGAAAGGUAAAGGCCGCAAUGCUGUACUGAUUACAAAUUUCUUCUGAAAUAUAUCACCAAUAUUUUCAGCCCCGAAAGGGUCCUGAAGGGGCCUGGCCAUGUCUACUAGCCCAGAUGCUAAGAGAUGUUGCUGAACAAUGGUUACAACCAAGACUCAGACUCUCCAAGUAGUGAUAGAUCUUAUAGUUCUUUAGCAAUUUCUGACUGAUAUUAGCAGCAGCUCUCAGAGAUGGGAAUGAUGCCACCAACCUAAGACUGUGAAAGAGGCCCUGCGACUUGCUGAAGACUGUGUUGUGGCAGAUGGGGAAGGUGAAGCUCCUAACAGAGACUGACCAGGAGGUCUGGCACCUGGAACUAGGCAAGGAACACCUAGCCAGUCACGUCGGGGUGAGAAUAUUUCAAAUUUCAGAAGACAAGUGCAAACCUGGUACUCUAGGGUGUCACAACCCAAGGGUGUGAUUUUUGUUUGUGCGCGCUUCGGCACUGCUAAAUUAUUUCCCGCCGUUUGUAGCUUUCUUUGCAGGGUGCAUUUCUUAGCUGCAGAAGAGAGAUGCACGCUGCAAGGAGUUCCCGCCAUUUGUAUUCAAAUUCGUGCCCUGCUAUUGGUUGUUUCUAAAUUAUUCCCACGUGGCGACUAGUGAUUGGCUUUCUAGCCGUAUAAGAAGCUUGAGUGGUUUCCGCCCAAGUUGGAGGACUCCACGAACACGAGGAGGAGGAGACUUCACGUCCCGUGAAGAUCUCUAAGUGCUGCAGAGCCUAUUGGACCCACAGCAUUUCAAGCAGGCAACAGGGGUCUGAUCAGCCUCUCGCCUCUCCCCGUCGCCGAUCGCAAUCCUCGACGUAUCCCUUUCCCUGCGCACAAAAGGAUCCACGGAGCCUCACAAACUUCGUGUGAGAGUUUCCAGAGCUCUGUCCGGGUUUGAGUCUUGCAGGUUUAUCUUCCCGUCGCCGAAAACCCAUUGCGACGUACUCUCGUUUUUUGCAUGUUCCCAUCGCCGACAACCCCCUGCGACAUACUCUCGUGCCCUGCAGGUUCGAGUUUUAUUUUGUUCUGUUUUGUAACUGCAACUCAAGCAAGUUUUCCUGCCUGCACCGCGACCAUCUUCGGUGUAAGUAAACAAUCUUGAAUUAAG